GUAAGUCAAGGCCCGCCCGCCGCUGUGCCGACGGCCAGGAGAGCGGGGUCCCCGCGGAAAUCGGGCGCGGGGCGCAGCGGAGGGGCCGGACCGCGGUCUCCCCCCGCCCCCGGGGUCUCGGCCCCGCCCGGGCACGCCCGACCGCCGGGCGCGCCUGUGCCACCGCCCCGCCCCGCCCCGUCCCUGGCCCGCCCACCGAGGCCGCGCUCCUCCCGGCGGCGCGCUUUUCCCGCGCGGUUUCCCGACUCGGGGGCCCGGCUCGGUCCCCCCCGGCCCCCGGCGGCGAUGGAGAGGACCCGCGCCGAGGUGGACGCGACGCUGCAGACCGCCAAGCUGGACGCGGCCGAGCUGCUGCCCGCCGCGCACUGUCUGCGCUUCGGGCCCGCGGCCACCGGCGACGUGUGCCUGCUGGAGCUGGAGCCCGCGCUGUGCGCGCAGCUGCGCGCCGGGCGCAGUCUGGUGAUUCGUGGUGAUAAGGAUGAGCAGGCUGUUCUGUGCAGUGAAGACAAAACGUACGAUUUGAAAGUAGCAGACACUUCCAAUAUGUUGCUUUUUAUUCCUGGUUGUAAAAUUCCAGAGCAGCUGAAGAUGGAAGAAACACACUGUAACAUUAUUCACACUGAGAUCUUUGGUUUUACUAACAAUUACUGGGAAUUAAGAAGAUGUAGACCUAAACUAAAGAAGUUAAAGAAACUUUUGAUGGAAAAUACCUAUGAAGGACCUGACAGUGAAAAAGAAAAGGAUUCCAGUCACUUAAAAUAUACGACUGAAGAUUUGCUUGAUCAAAUUCAGGCAAGUGAGGAAGAAAUAAUGACUCAGUUACGAGUUCUCAAUGCCUGUGAAAUUGGAGGUUAUUGGAGGAUUCUCGAAUUUGAUUAUGAGAUGAAACUUCUGAAUCAUAUAACUCAGCUUGUGGAUUCCGAAUCUUGGUCUUUUAGCAAAGUUCCUUUGAAUACAUGCCUUCAGGAACUUGGACCAUUGGAGCCAGAGGAAAUGAUUGAACACUGUCUUAAAUGUUAUGGAAAGAGAUACACAGAGGAAGGUGAAGUUUAUUUUGAACUGAGUGCAGAUAAGAUAUGCAGAGCUACAGCACAGAUGCUACUUCAGAACGCAGUGAAAUUCAAUCUUGCCGAGUUUCACGAAGUAUGGCAACAGAGUGUUCCCGAAGGAAUGACGACCAGACUGGAUCAGCUGAAGGGUUUGGCCUUGGUGGAUAGACAGUCAAGACCGGAAGUCAUAUUUCUGUUGAAAGCAGAAGACUUACCUGAGGGGGAUCAGGAACGUUUCAAUAGUCUGUUCUCUUUGAGAGAGAAGUGGACAGAAGAAGAUAUUGCUCCAUAUAUUCAAGAUUUGUGUGGAGAGAAGCUAACCAUUGGUGCACUACUCACAAAAUAUGCUCGAUCUUCAAUGCAAAAUGGUGUCAAAGUUUAUAACUCAAGAAGACCCAUUUCUUAAAAAGAACAAGUUUUUUCUUUGGGACUAAAGUUGCUGGAUAUAAGAAAGUGUUUUUUUAAGUAUUUGGAUAGCAGACUUUGAAAACCUAAUGCUUUGAGGCCUUUUCGCCUCAUCUUAAGUAUUUUAAAACUACUGCUCUUUUUUCUUAAAGGUGAUAGGAUAUUUUAUGUCUUUCAGGAUAUGUUUGUUUCAUGUACACAGUGUAAACAAGGACAAAAGUGUUACUUUCUACAUUUAGUAUAUCUUGGCAGUCUAUAUGAGUUCAUUUAUAGAGUAACAGGUUUGGUUUUUUAUAUUGGAAAUUGCAUUUCUUUAAUUAGGAUUUGACAUUCUAGUCAUUAAUAAAUUUUAAAGUUUUCAGAGAACUAAAUA